UUCGAGAAAACACAGAGCCCUGCCUUCAUUGAGACUGCACCGGAGAUGCAGAUAGCUACCUUCAGUCCACAUUCUCUGUCUGAAGAGAGAACCGGGACCAUGAGGAGUUUUCUUGUCUGGGCUUGGAUUCUUUUCCCAGGCUGUUGGGCUCUGACCGGCCCUAGGGAGGUGAGCGGCCCCUUGGGAGGGUCGGUGUCUGUGCAGUGUCAGUACGACGAGGGGUACCAGAACUAUGAGAAAUACUGGUGCAGAGGAAAAAGCUGGUAUUACUGCUCCAUAGCUGUUCAGACCAUCAGUGCAGAGGCCGAGGUGAAGCGGGGCAGAGUCUCCAUCCAAGACAAUCGCACACAGUGCACGUUCACUGUGACUAUGGAGAGCCUGGCACUGGGCGACCAGGAUGUUUACUGGUGUGGGAUAGAGAUCAAAGGCUAUGACAAGAUGUUUGCUGUCAACGUGUCUGUUUUCCCAGCUGUGCCUACCUCACCACCGACAACACCAGAAAAGGACCCGACCAUUGCCACCUCCCCAUGGACUGUUCCUGAAAUAGAAAUAUCCACCUUCUCCUUUAACAGUAGUCAUGCUCCUGCUGGUACACCAAACCUCGUCCUCUACAUCCUGAUCCCAUCCAUCCUGCUGGUUCUACUUUUGAUUUUGUUCAUUGCUGUAAAGUUUAGAAGAGCAUCGCAGAGGAGGAGAAAAGCCCUUGAGGACACAUCAGGACAAAAGGAUAAGAACGUCUAUCUCUGUAACACGAAUCCUGGGCACAAGCCUCCCUUCAGUGCAUCAGAUCCUGCUGCCACUGGCCAGAUGGCAAUCUAUAUGAACGAGCAGCACCUGCCCAGCUCAGUUGAUCCGGCGUCCGUCUAUGAAAACAUGAUCCCGCAGAAGAGUCAGAUUUCAGGACAGAGAAAAGCAGUUUUUUCUGGCCCACAGGACUGCUCAGCCACAGAUCAGCAGGACACCUACAUCAAUAUGUGCACAAUCACACCCCGUCCCCCCAUGAUGUGUCAUCAAGCAAAGUGUGGGAGAAAAGCUGCAGGCUGAAGCCCUUCCUACUCACGGGAUGUAUAGCAGCUCUUCCUUAUUUUCCUACUGUCCCAUGAAAGCUUCCGGACUGGCAUUCCCUCUGCCCUCCUUCUGCUGAGCAAUCUGCCAGGAGCAAGAUGUGGUGGGGAGGUCCCACUUCCAGCACGACUGUCUUCAGAAAUGUACUGGGGGCCAACAGCUACUACAAAGUGCUUCUCCUUUCCUGGACAUCAGCUUGAAACUGCACAAAGUCUUGGUGGCUCUGGUUCCUGAAGGGCCGGAGGUUUUCCUCUGGCGCUCGUUGUGACAUCUCUCUGCUCCAGCACCACAUAAUUGCUCAUAAAACUUACUUGGUGCAAAGGAGCUUGGUUCUGGGGUCAGAACCUCAGGAUGAUGAGGCAACUCUUUGGCUGGAGGUGAUAUGGGGAACAGGGCCUCAGGGAGGGUGUGGAAAUAACAAUGGGAAGACGAGGCAGAAGGAAACAGCUUUGUCCUUCAUUUCCCCAGUCAGCGUGGAGUUAAUUGUGCUGGAAUCUUUUUACCGCCAAUCCCGUGUUAGCACAGUGGCUUAGAACAAGAAGGGCACAUAGAUGCCCACAUUUUAUACAGGUUAUAGUGAAAAGAUUGAGAGCCCAUUCCCAGACGUUAUUUUUGGACAUCUUCGUCUUUGAUCCUAAAUACCCUGUGGGACACAUCUAAAGAAUUUGGACACCAGACCAAUAUCAUUCUGGAGUGUAGGAACAGGAGUGUUGUAUGAAAGACACGAGAGAUAAUGGUCCCACUCUACCUGGCACUAGUUAGCCCCAAGCUGGACAUCGUGUCCAGUUCUGGGGUGCACACUUUAGGAAAGAGGUGGACAAGCUGGGGAGAGUCCAAAGAGCUACAAAAAUGAUAAAAGGUUUAGAAAAAUCUCACCUCUGAGGAAAGGUUAAAACCACUAGGUGUGGUUAGUCGCAAGAAAAAAAAAGCAGAUGGGGAACCAAACUUCAAAUAUAUUAAGGGCUGUUAUAAAAAGGACCGAAAUCAAUUGUUCUCAGUGUCCACUGAAGGCAGGACAAGAAGUAAAUGGGCUUAAU